UGUGCCCGUCAGCGUGCGUAAAUUCCGCCGCCAUCUUAUGACGGGGUUCCGACCACGAAUGGAAGAUGCCGGAUUUUUGUGCUGCUUGUGGAUGUUUUUAUGAAAGAAAUAAUACAACUAAACGGCAAGGAAUAACAUUUCACAGGUAACUUCUCUAGCCAGAGCAAUGGAUUGUGCCAAGAAAACAAAGGUGGUGCUGCUGUCUUGUGGCUCCUUCAAUCCAGUGACGAACAUGCACCUGCGCAUGUUUGAACUGGCACGGGAUCAGCUGGAGGACACGGGACGGUAUGAAGUGGUGAAGGGGAUCCUGUCACCAGUGGGCGAUGGCUACAAGAAGAUAGGCCUGAUCGAGGCCAGCCAUCGGGUGGAAAUGGCCAAGCUGGCGGUAGAGAGCUCCAGCUGGAUUGAGGUGGACAGCUGGGAGAGCAGGCAGGCCGACUGGCAAGAGACAGUCAAAGUGCUACGUCAUCACAGGGAGGAGCUGCUCUCCGGAGAGCAGGGCACUGAUGUGGUGGUCACUGUGAAGGCUGACAGGAAGAGAAAACGCAUGGAUGCUAUCAGUAUCAGCAAUAAAAGGAAGCACAGGGAGAUGGAGGUCGCACCCAAGGGGCUGAUGCACAAAACAGAUGGGCCACAUCUGAUGCUGCUGUGCGGCGCUGACGUGCUGGAGUCCUUCGGGGUACCGGGGCUGUGGAAGAACGAGGACAUUGAGAAGAUCGUGGGCAGCUACGGACUGGUGUGCAUCAGCCGCGGUGGAUCCAAUCCGGAAGCCUUCAUUCAGGGCUCCGACCUCCUCUGGGAACACCGCAGCAACAUCCACGUGGUGCAGGAGUGGGUGGCCAACGACGUGUCGGCCACUCACAUCCGCCGCGCGCUGCGGCGUGGCCACAGUGUCCGGUACCUUCUGCCCGACCCGGUGCUCAGCUACAUCCAGGAGCGGCGGCUUUACACUGCGGAGAGUGAGCAGACGAAUGCUGGUGUUGUAUUGGCUCCGCUGCAGAAACACACAGGGAACCAUGACUGAGCACAAACCCCCCCCACUGCCACUCUGGCCUCCUGUAGCCUCAUCAUCUUGCCAUUUCUAUCUUCCCAUUUCUUGGGGAUUCCCAUAUUGCUCUUAAUAAAGACUGUUUUACAAUCCUAAA